AUGGUAGCAGCGCACACUUCUUCACAUUCGUCGGAAUCUACUGAGUGGAUUAUUUGUCUGGACAAAAGACCAGCAGAGCGCUCUGGAGAAGAUGUCGACAUCAUCCUUGCACGUCUGAAAAAUGCAAAGGCCUUCGAGAGAUUCCACACCAGGUUGCUGCAGCAGAUCUGUCUGUGUGGAUUCUACGAGUGCUUGGAGAAAGGCAUCACGCUGUAUCGCCAAGGAGACAUCGGCACCAGCUGGUACGCCGUCCUCUCUGGUUCGCUGGACGUCAAAGUCUCUGAGACAUCACGUCACCAGGAUGCUGUUACCAUAUGCACACUGGGGACCGGCACGGCGUUCGGAGAGUCGGUCCUGGAUAACACCCCCCGACAUGCCACCAUAGUGACACGGGAAAUCAGCGAGCUCCUGCGUAUUGAACGGAGGGAGUUCAGGUCUCUGUGGCAGAAAUAUCAUCAGUGCUUGGCUGAACUCAUCGCUCCACCCUACGGUGUGAUGGAGAGUGGUUGUAGUGCAAUCAGGAUGCCGGAAAAAGAGAACAUCAGCAACAACUCAUAUGUUCCAGUGUCCAAACACCAGAACAAGGAGUCAUUCAUUGAAAGCGCAGCCAAACCCAAUCCUAAAUGCAUUUCUCAGGUUCCCUCAGAGAAGAUCUUGCGGGCUGGGAAGAUUCUUCGCAAUGUCAUCCUCUCCAGGGCGCCGCACAUGAUUAGAGACAGGAAGUACCAUCUGAAAACAUAUAGGCAGUGCUGUGUGGGGACAGAGUUGGUCGACUGGCAAAUGCAGCAGAGCUCGUGCGUCCACUCUCGUGUCCAGGCUGUGGGCAUGUGGCAGGUGCUGCUGGAAGAAGGUGUUCUCAACCACGUGGACCAGGAGCUGAUCUUCCAGGACAAGUACCUCUUCUACCGCUUCCUGGACGAUGAGCAGGAGGACGCCACCCUGCCCAGCGAGGAGGAGAUGCAGGAGAGCCAGGAGGAGCUGCAGGACACCCUUCUCCUCCUCUCUCAGAUCGGACCUGACGCCCACAUGAGGAUGAUUCUGAGGAAACAUCCAUCUGAAAGAACAGCAGAUGAUUUGGAGAUCAUUUACGAGGAGCUGCUCCAUAUCAAGGCCUUGUCUCAUCUAUCCACCACUGUGAAAAGAGAGCUGGCAGGAGUACUGAUCUUCGAGCCUCAUGCGAAAUCAGGAACAGUGUUGUUCAAUCAAGGGGAGGAGGGCACGUCAUGGUACAUUAUUCUGAAGGGCUCAGUCAAUGUCGUCAUAUACGGAAAAGGUGUCGUCUGCACGCUUCAUGAGGGGGAUGACUUUGGGAAGCUGGCUCUAGUCAACGACUCCCCCCGGGCUGCGUCCAUUGUCCUGCGAGAGGACAACUGUCACUUCCUGAGAGUAGACAAGGAGGACUUCAACAGGAUUUUGAGGGACGUGGAGGCCAACACGGUGCGUCUAAAGGAGCAUGGUCAGGACGUUCUGGUGUUGGAGAAGAGUCUCACCAGCAGUCGAAGCUCCGUCCAUGGAGCCUCCUCCUCCCAUUACAAAUACAGGGUGAUGUCGGGGACACCGGAGAAGAUUUUGGAGCACCUCCUUGAAAUGAUGCGAUUGGAUUCCCAGUUCACGGAGUCAGAUUCGGCCCUGGACGACUUUGCGCUCAUGCACUGCGUCUUCAUUCCAAACAGCCAACUGUGUCCCGUGCUGAUGGCCCACUACCAUGCCCAGGCCCUGCAGGGCUCUGAGCAGGAGAAGCUGGAUUACACACUGAACAACAAGCGCAGGGUGAUUCGCCUGGUGAUGCAGUGGGCGGCUGUACAUGGAGGUCAGCUGCCGGAGGAGGACCUGUCAGUGGCCUUCCUACAGGAUUUCUUGGUGGCCGUGUCUGAGGACGUCAAAGUGAUUCCAGCCCUCAGAGAUCAGCUCACACAGCUGGAGAGAACAGUAAAGCACAACACUGAAGCCAGAGUCUCACAGAAAAAGCACAAAGUCCUCCUGCGACACUUCGGCAUGGGCAAUGAGAAGCUUCAGAAGCGUCAGCCCAUUAAGAGUCAUGAUGAAAUUCUGUUCAAAGUCUACUGCUGCGAUCAUACCUACAUCACAAUCCGGGUCCCUGUCGCCGCCUCAGUCAGGGAGGUUAUCGGUGCUGUGGUCGACAAGCUGGGGUCAGCGGAGGACCUGCUCCUGGUCAACCUCAGUUCGGCAGGAGAGAAAGUGAUCUUCAAGCCCAACGAUGUGUCAGUCUUCUCCACUCUGAGCGUAAAUGGACGUCUGUUCGCCUGCAGACAGGACCAGUUGGAUUCUUUAACUCCUUUACCUGAGCAGUACGGCCCAUCGACAGGUUCACAGUCCGGCUUUGAGUUGAUGAGCUCUAAGGAUGUGGCUUAUCAUGUGACCUCUUAUGACUGGGAGCUCUUCCACUGUGUGCAUGAGCUCGAGCUUCUAUUCCACACCUUCGGGAGGCAAAAUGUGAAGAAAACCACUGUGAACCUGGAUCUGUUCCUGAGGAGGUUUAAUGAGAUUCAGUUCUGGGUGAUCUCAGAGAUGUGUCUGUGUUCUCAGCUCAGUAAGCGCGUUCAGCUUCUCAAGAAGUUCAUCAAGAUCGCUGCACACUGUAAGGAGUACAGGAACCUGAACUCCUUCUUUGCCGUCAUUAUGGGCCUGAGUAACCCUGCAGUGAGCCGGCUCAGUCAGACCUGGGAGAAACUUCCCAACAAAUUCAAGAAGUUUUAUUGUGAAUUUGAAAACUUGAUGGACCCGUCCAGGAACCACCGGGCAUACCGACUGACAGUCGCCAAGCUGGAGCCUCCCAUCAUUCCCUUCAUGCCACUGCUGAUCAAAGACAUGACCUUUACUCACGAGGGCAACAGGACAUUUAUUGACAAUUUGGUCAAUUUUGAAAAAAUGCGAAUGAUCGCUAACACGGUCAAGAUAGUGAGGCACUGCAGGAGCCAGCCAUUCAGCCCAGGUUCACCUUUGGCCAGCAAGACCCACCCGGAGGUUCGGACUUACGUUCGUCAGCUCAACGUGAUCGACAACCAGCGGACGCUAACUCAGCUCUCCCAUGAACUUGAGCCUCGCCGGUCUUGAAACCACUCAGGGACAGAGAUGUUCCACUCUCAUGCUGCUUCCCUUCAUGCCAUCAUGGGAUGAACUUACUCCAGUACAGGCAUCACCUGGAGGACCUUAUGUCAUAUCCCAUCAUGAGAUAUCGUUUCAGACGCAGUUGCCUGACUCGCUCAGCCUUUUUAUUACAUUAAUUUGUAAUAUUCUAACAACAGUGAUUGUUGUCGCUGAAGUACCUCUCAUAUCACUGUGCUGCAGAUACCACCAUUAUUUCCGACUCACACAAGAGGGACAGUCGGAAAAAAAACUUUGGUGGAUCUCAUUCAUAAGAAAACUAUGUAAAAUGUCAUCAUACAGUAUGUGAUGCUGUUAUUUCAUAACUUUUGUAUCAAACCAUAUUUAUGUUGUAAAUUGUGUAUAAAUAUUUAUUUUGACAUCAGCAUGCGGUGGUCAUGAUUUUUAUCGAUGUGAGCACAUUUCUCGUGUCUGAAUGUCUAAAAAAAACUUGUGUGAUCUGCAAAUAUUAAAUAUUUUAGAUGUA